AUGUCAAAGACUACGUUGAGCUCCUUCAAGAAGGAAAGAAAGGCUCUCAAAGAUUCUCGAAGGGUUGUGGUGAAAGUGGGCACGGCGGUUGUCAUCAACUCCGACGGGAAGCUAGCACUCUCGAGAAUGGGCGGGUUGGUGGAGCAGCUCAAAGAACUGAAGAAGUCUGGAAGAGAUGUCCUUCUUGUGAGUAGCGGAGCUGUUGGACUCGGACGAUCAAUCCUUGGGCUCUCCAGAGACGUUGUCUCUGAUCCAGCCAAUGUCAUCGACAGGCAAGCCUGCGCAGCAGCAGGUCAGGAGACGCUGAUGAGUACCUACACAUCCAUGUUCUCCGCUCUCGGCCUAAAGUGCGCUCAAGUUCUCAUUACCCAACAUGAUUUCUCUUCUCCCCAGCGGUACAGAUACCUCACGGACACUUUGGAGAAGCUUGCAGCCAUUGGCGUCAUCCCGGUCAUCAACGAGAACGACGCUGUGACGGGAUGCAGGGAGCUUGACAAGGAGAUGUGCUUCAGUGACAAUGACAUGCUCUCGGCGCUGGUUGCUGGUGGAGUUGGAGCGGACGCUGUCGCCAUGAUGACUGAUGUGGACGGCGUCUUCACCAAACCUCCUGGAGAGGAAGGAGCGGAAAGGAUCAAGGUCUAUCAGGACUCUGCGAGCGUGGAGAUCGGGCAGAAGUCCUCAAUGGGGCGAGGAGGGAUGGCGUCAAAAAUCAACGCAGCCCUGACAGCAACUGCCGGGGGGUCCAAGGCCAUCAUUGCCAAUGGUCAUGACCUGACCAACAUCUCUGGCAUCUUCGAGGGGAAGGACAUCGGGACCCUGUUCCCUGCCAACGACCGCAAGCACGACAAGAUGAACUACUGGUUGGCACAUGCGGCGACCUGCGAAGGGGCUAUGACUCUCAGGUCCUCGUCGGUGCAGGAGCUCUCCCGCCAGGCGAGCAUGCAGACUCCGAUCCUGCUCAAGGACAUCUUGAGGGUCCAGGGAGACUUCCGCGCCUCCUCGCCCGUCUUCCUCGUUGAUGAGAGAGGAGGAAGGAUUGGCAGGGGGAUUGUUCAGUUCGACUCCUGCGAGAUCGAACAGAACUUGGAGAGGAAGCUUGGAACGGUGGCGUCAAUGAACGACAUCGUCAAGGGGGGUCAGCUUGUGUUGCAGCAUCAGCAAUUCAUGUAA